AUGUCGUCCCUAGAGGAAGAGACAGUUGAGUUGGGAGCCCAGUCCCCCUCCCUACAGCCCCGUACCUCCGUCUCCACUCUAUCCGCGCCUCCUGGAGGUCAACACAACGACGCUCGAAUGAACCUCGCCAUCGCCCUCACUGCUGCCAGGUAUGGGGCUGCCAUAGCCAAUUACACUGAAGUGGUGCACCUACUGAAGAGGGUAGAUCCUCAGAUGGGCAAAGAGAGGGUCUGUGGAGCGCACUGCAGGGACGUGAUCACAGGGCAGGAAUUUGAUGUCAGAGCCAAAUGUGUUAUCAAUGCCACAGGACCUUUUACCGAUGCACUGCGGAAAAUGGAUGAUCAGAAGAACCCCAACAUCUGUCAGCCCAGUGCUGGGGUGCACAUCGUCAUCCCGGGCAAUUACAGUCCAGACAACAUGGGUCUCCUGGACCCAGCCACCAGCGAUGGACGCGUCAUCUUCUUCCUGCCCUGGGAGAAGAUGACCAUCGCCGGGACCACGGACACGCCCACGGAGAUCACACCGCACCCCAUCCCCAUGGAGGAGGACAUCAACUUCAUCCUCACGGAGGUCCGCAACUACCUCAGCCCCGAUGUCGAAGUGAGGAGAGGAGAUGUUUUGGCAGCCUGGAGUGGUAUUCGUCCGCUGGUCACAAACCCCAACUCCAAGGACACUCAGUCAAUCUGCAGGAAUCAUAUUGUCCACAUCAGUGACAGCGGGCUGGUCACCAUCGCUG